AUGCAUGUCCCCUGCCCUCUGUUCCCACUUCUCCAUCUCCAUCUCCAACCCCCGCUCCAGCUCCCACUCCUCCCUCAGCGAGCGCCAUUGCGGCCACACUCCGCCUAUCCUAGCCGCCUCCACUCUUCUCCCCCAGCACGCUCGCCUGAAUCGCCUCGUGCGAUCGGUGCUGGUGCUGCCUCCCUGCCCGGGCCUCCUGGAGACCUGGACGCGACGGCGGCGGCUGGGGCUCUGGAAAGGAAGCAGAAGAAGAAGCAGGACAUGCAGGUGCUGCCGCCCUUCCCCGGCUGCCUCGGCAGGGUCAUCAACAUGUUCGACCUCGGCAACGGCGUCGUCGCCACCAAGAUGCUCGCCGACAAGGCGCACAGAGACGUUUCUCCGGCUGGUAAGGACCGCAGCGGCGGUUUCAAGAUGGAGGAUAAACAUGGAUAGUCAGCAAAGGAGGAGCACUCCAACAAAGAGAUCAAACUCGCCCACCAACAGAUCUGGCGUGUCACCCGUCGAGAUGCUCAUGGAGCAGGACAUGUGGAGAGAAGGGGUGCCUGAUGAUGAGCCCCUCAAUGUUGUUGCCAGAUUCAUGGGUAGACGGUGGUGUAGCUGUUGUACAUCGCAU